AUGGAGGCAAAGGAGUUGGCCGGGUACCAGCUGUGGCAAGGAGGAGGCCUUUACGAGUUCCCAGACAUCUGCGACAUCCUGAAGGAGGAGAAGGUGGAAACGGGGAACUGCUCUUCGACGGAAAGCGGGAAUUAUACCGUCGGGAUCCAAGCCGUGGCCUGGCCGGUUAUUGUGCAGUCCUUCGGAGACGGCGCCAAGGAGAAGCUGAGUCGAACCACCAAGACGAUGCAGAUUCGACUCGUGCAGCGAAUAUCCGAGACCGAGAUCGAAGUCAUCCCCGUGGAGGACCUCGAACCCGAACACGAGAUCAAGAUAUACGUGCCGAGAGGAGGGAGGAAGAGGGAAGGACCGAAGCUAACGGAGCCGACCUUCGUGGACCCCAACCACUACCUGCAGCUGGGCGUGGAGGACGAGAGCAUGCUGUGCACCUCCUUCAACGUGACUCGCGAGUGGUCGUCCAUCAACGUCGAGAUAACGGUGCAGAAUCCGGAGGCCAAUCUGAUCGUGUUCAUAAGGCGACUCGAAAUGCCGACCCUGACUGAAUACGACCUGGCUGUGAAUCUGGAAGACGUUACUCGGGUUCGGAACGUGUCAGAACCCCUUUUAGAACCCUACGACCCCUUUGGAAACGACACCAAUUCAUACAUCUUCCCUCUCUAUGACGUGUACCUCGAGGAUGAAUUUGUGACAAACCAGACGGGUUUAUACUACGUUUGUCUCUCCGAAUUCGCUAACCACACCGACGAUGAGGUGGGUUUUGCGAAAAAGAACUAUAUUGGAUGUUGA